AUGGUAAAGUUACCACCUCUUUCUUUUAUUCUCCUUUUAAUCCUCACCGUAUACAUAAUAAAUGGCGCCGUCAUUCCAAGAGGUCAAGCCGAUGGGGAAAAAUCAGUACAGGAUGAUUCCAAUAAUUUUUUACAUCGUUUUAUGCAAGCAUUUAUUGCAUCUAUCUACGUUAUCAUUAUUUCUGAGCUUGGUGACAAAACCUUUUUCAUUGCUGCAAUAAUGUCAAUCGACCAUCCAAGAAAGAUAGUUUAUGCUGGUGCCAUGUCCGCUUUGAUUGCCAUGACAGUUUUCUCUGCUUUGGUGGGCUAUGCCACUGAGGUUCUUCCACGUAUCUACACAUACUAUCUCUCUGGGAUCCUUUUUCUUCUAUUUGGACUCAAGAUGAUUAAAGAUGCAUGGUAUAUGAGACCAGAGGAUAGUAGAGAAGAGUACAAGGAAGUUGAGGAACAACUUUCAGGACCUAAUACAUCUGGUUCUCGACUGAAAGCCGUUCUUCGAGGACUUCUUUCACCAGUUUUUGCUGAAGCUUUAGUGAUGACAUUUUUGGCAGAAUGGGGUGAUCGCUCGCAAAUAACAACUAUUGUGUUAGCUGCUCGUGAAGACGUUAUUGGUGUUAUCAUGGGUGGCUGUGUCGGACAUGCCCUUUGCACCGGUUUGGCUGUCCUCGCCGGUCGAAUUGUAGCUCAGCGUAUUCCUGUUAAGUGGUGUAAGCUGAAUUUUCAUAAUUUAUAUUAUUUAUUGUCUGUUCCCCUUUAUUGA